AUGGCUCGCUCUACCUUCCUUGUGUUCUUCAUCACUUUCGCAAUUGGAUCUUCAUCUGUUUUCGCUCAAUCUCCAUUAUCGGCGCCGACCGGUUCGCCUACCAAGUCUCCGCCGACUGUUUCAUCACCGCCUCUAGCUACUGCUACUCCUCCAUCCAAAACUUCAGUCCCGUCUCCGUCUCCGUCUCCGGCUCCCACGGCGUCUCAGCCAGCCUCGUCCCCUGCAUCGGCUCCAUCAAUCUCCACACCACCGACCUCAUCUCCAACCAGCUCUCCACCAGCUCCACCGACUUCUGGUCCUUCAGCCGCAGUUUCCCCCAGUUCUUCCAUCGGAAACCCUCCGUCUGAGGCACCGCUCCCUCCUUCACCAUCUAAUAGUCACAGCAGAAUCUCUGGUGCUGGAUUUGUAGCCGCGAUCAUCUUAGCUAUAUCAGUUUCGAAUCUGAUGGUGUGA